AUGUCAGGAUACUAAAGAACUUAUUAAAGUUCUUUCACAUCUUAGAGAUACACAUCAGAAUCAAUCUAAAAGGAGUUGAAUGUUCCUGGAUAUGAAACAAGAGUGAGAUAUAAGUAUCAAAGAUAAUUAUCAUAGAAAUGAUUUUGGAAAACGCUAGAAUCAAGAAUUAGAUAUCGCUUGCUUUUUAAUGGCUGUAGAAGUGGAGAGACUAGUUAGAGAGAAUACGCAAUUAAAAUAGGAGAUUCAAAAUUUUAUUGACUCAGGAUUAGAUAGAGUGAAUUAUGAAAUAUAGAUCAGGGAUUUAAUGGAAAAAUUGAAGAAUUAAACAUCGUAUUAUUUCAAAUAUCCUUUUAUUAGUGAAGUGAAUAGUUAUUCUGAAGAGCGUGAAAGACUUGUAAUAAUUAUUAGAGAGUUGGAAGAUGAAAUUCGAAGGUUGGAAGAGCAACUCAGAGAUUAUGAUCCGAAUUGGAGGAAAUCAUAGAGAGAUUUGGAAUUGCAAUUACAAUUACAAAAUAAGCUUUUUGGAGGGAAAGCCCCUGAGGAGAUUUCUAGGGAAUUGGAAGAACUAAGAAAAAAAGCUAAGAUUUUAGAUGAUUUGUAAAAGAAAAUAGGUGCAAAAGCUCCAGGUAUCUAAAUUGAGUAAGAUUUUAGAUGAAUUAUUAAAAGAAUUAGAAAAUUUGAAAAAAAAGGCUUAACAAUUUGAUGAUAUUAAUAAAAAAUUAAAUGGGAAAAACUUUUCUGAUUUAGAAAAAGAAUUAGAAAAAUUGAGAUAAAAAGCAGAUAAAUUCGAUGAAAUUAGUAAAUAAUUUUAAAAUCCAUGUAAGUUAUGCUUAAAUAUUCAUAGCUGAUAUAUAAAAAGAACUUGAUUAAUUAAAAAAAAAGGCUGCUGAAUUGGAUAAGAUGAAAUCUUAAUUGAAUAAUUAAAACCCUGAUUAAUUGUUAAAGAAUUUAGAUGAAAAUAAAAGGCAACUACAAUCAAAAGAUAAAGAAAUCGGGGAUUUAAAGGUUUAUACAUAAGUUUAAUAUUUUAGAGACUUCUAUCUGAAUUGUAAUAGAAUUAAGGCUCGUAGGAUGAUUAAAUAAGAUUUCUGUAAUAGAAGAUAGAUGAAUUAGAGGAAAAAGUCGUUGGUUUGGCCCAAGAAUUGUCUAGAUACAAAAUGCUAUUAAAGGGUAAAGAAGAUGAACUAAAUAAAUUAUCAAUGAUGCUCAGAGACAAUGAAACCAGGCUUGCAUAAAUGAAUAAUGAAUUGCAAAGAUCCAAAAAUGAUUUAUAAAGGGCAUAAGGAGAUUUUUAAAAAGCUUAGGGUGAUUUAAGGAAAGCUUAAACUGACUUAUCAAAAUCUUAACAAGAGAAUUAGAAUUUGAAAUAACAAACUGAUGAUCUUAAAAGACAGAAUCAAGAAUUGGCUUUGGAAAAUAAUAACUUAUAAUAAGAUUUAGAGAAUUAAACUUAAAAUUUAGGAUAACUAGAUGAAAUAAAGGAUUAACUUAAUGAAUUAUAAGAUGAGAAGAAUUAAUUAAAUGAUAAAGUUUCAGAUUUAUAGAAUAAUCUAAAGGAAAAGUAGAGAUUGUUCGAUUAAAAGUAAAAGGAAUUAGAAGAUGCGUUAAAAAGAGUAAAAGAUUUGGAGGCUAAAUUGCUAGAAAUGGAUCACUACAUUGACACAUUGGAAGACGAUUUAUAAAAGUUUGAGAAAGAUAAUCAACAACUAAAUAGAGAAGCUGGAUAAAAGUAAUUGGCUGAUAGAGAAUUAGAAAGAUUAAGAGGGUUGUUAGAUCAAAUGAAAAAUUAGUAUGAUUAAUAACAAAAAGAAUUAGGAAAACUCAAAAACAAUCUUGAUCAGAUGAGAGAUCUGUAAGAUGAACUUGCAUAAGCCAAAUCAGAGUUAGAUAGGGCAAAUUCUGUCAUAGCAUAGUAAUAAGAUGAAUUAGCUUAGAAAGAAAAUGAAAUCUCUCAAUUAGUUAGAGAAGUUUAAAAUUUGGAAGAAUCUAAUAACUAAUUGUAAGAUUAGAAUAAUAAUCUGUAACAAACAUUAUAAGAAUAAUAAGCAGUAACUAAUGGAAAUCAGGAGGAAUUGACUAAGUUAAGGAGAAUAGCUGAGGAUUAUAAGGAAAAGAUUCGACAAUUAGAAUUAAAAUUUAAUGAAUAUUCGAAUAUGGAAGAGAGACUUAAGUAAUCAGAUCAUAGAAUCGCAGUGUUAAUGACUGAAAUAGAGAGAUUGAAUUCUUUAGUGAAACAGAUUACUUCUGAAACUGAAGAUUGGAAGUAAAAGCAUUCUAGAAUAGAAUUGGCUCUUUUAGAGUAUAGACAGAUUGAGAAAACUAAUCGUGAUGCAGUAAAUAAGAAUCAAUAAUUUAUAAAUGAAAUAGAAAGAUUAAAGAAACUAUUAGAAGCAAAGCAUAUAGAAUUAUUAUAAACUAUAGAAAGAUGUGACCUCUUAGAGUCUUAAUAAUAGACUUUGAUGAACUAAGUUCAGGAUGCCUUAAAAAAGGCAGACACUGGGGAUAAUAUUUUACUUUAAUAUUUAUUGAUUGCAGCAGAGAAUGAACGACUGACUGGUAUUCUAUAACCAAUUUAAGAAAAGUUCAAUUAAUUGACAACAUAGGUUAAGGAAAUGACAGUUAAAUAUACUGAAUUAUAAAAUAAAACAUUAGGAAUAGAUUUGGAUGAGUAUGAAAGACUGAAAAAAUUAAUUAUUGAAUAUGAGAAUAGAAUUGCAAUGCUUUCACUUGAAAUUUAAAGAUUAAAAGCCAAAACAAAUAUUAUUGAUAGAAAUAAUGGCUCACAAGGUAAUUUUGGUAGUAAUGAUAAUAUCAAUAUAUAGUAUAAUAGUACAAUGUUCUAAUCAAAUGAAGAUUUGUCUAGAAAGAUUACUGAUUUAUUGUGUUUGAUUGCAAUGAUGUCAGCAGAAUUGGAUGUCUUAAGAAGUAACAAUGAAAAACAAGUUUAACAAUAAAUAGUAAAUUAAUAUAGACAAAACAAUGAUGUUGUAAAUGUGUAAACGAUAUAAUCAGUUGAGACUACAUCAGGAUUCUCAUAUCAGAGAAUAUCUUCAAAUAGAAAAUAUUGA